AUGCUCAGGACAGCGGGCAGCCUGCUGUGCCUCGGCUUGGGCAGCGCGGUCCGCUGCGCUCCCGAAGCCUGUCAAGAAGCCACUCAGCGGCUCACACCUGGUCUCCGGAUUCGUGGUCUCGCCUGCUAUUCCAGCGGUGGAGUCCCAAGCGGCUCUGGGCAACAAGGUCAAGGGAAGGUUCACAGAAUCCCAGGUCAGUACAAGCCCUCACAAUUCGACAAGAAAAUACUGCUGUGGACCGGGAGAUUCAAAUCCAUGGAGGAGAUCCCGCCCGAGGUCCCGCCGGAAAUGAUAGAUGCUGCAAGAAACAAAGCUCGCGUGAAAGCAUGUUACAUAAUGAUCGGACUUACAAUCAUUGCCUGCUUUGCGGUAAUAGCGUCAGGUAAAAGGGCAGCUGAAAGACAUGAAUCUUUAACAAGCUGGAACCUGGCAAAGAAAGCUAAGUGGCGUGAGGAAGCUGCACUGGCUGCACAGGCUAAGGCUAAAUAAUAUUCUAUUUGAGAAAAUAUUUAGCUGAGUGCUAUCGCUAGCAUCUACAACAAUAAAAGACAUGUACGACAGAAUAACAAA